AUGUUCACAGUCAGAUUUAGUAUGAAGCAUAAUUUCAAAGGCCAGCCAAAAGAUUGGCAACUAGGUCAUGCAUCCUAUCCCAGUCAGUCCUCCAGUCAGUCCUCCAGUCAGUCCUCCAGUCAGUCCUCCAGUCAGUCCUCCAGUCAGUCCUCCAGUCAGUCCUCCAGUCAGUCCUCCAGUCAGUCCUCCAGUCAGUCCUCCAGUCAGUCCUCCAGUCGCUACUUAACUGGCCUUCCCUCUCCCCUUCUCCCACUUGCCCCACCUCACCCCAUCGUUCUCUCACUAGUCCCUCCCCCAGCCGCUCACUCAAAAGUCCCUCUCUUUCUCCUCCCCAACUUGCACCACCUCCCCCUGCUUCCUACAGGGGUGCGCAACCUGCAGCAGUUCCUACUGCUGCCGUACUUCCUCUGUGCCCCAGCUCCCUCCCAAUGCUAUCCUCCGCAUUCCCACUGUGUUCCCUCCAUCCCCCCCUCUCCAAAUCCCCCUCACCACCCCUGCAAGCAGACAGGGGUGCGCAACCUGCUGCAGUUCCUGCAGCUGCUGCCCAUCCGCCUGCUCUCCAGGCAGAUUGACAUACAAGCACACGUGACACAAGCACUGGCAGCCUCCCUCUAUAAUCACACUGCAGCCGCUCCUGCCAACUGGAAGCUAGGCGAGGACGUGAGACAGCUAGCGGCCAGCAAAUAUCGGCUGCUUCUGCCACCGAUCGCCAUAGGAGGAGGCCUAGCGUUCAGACUCCACAGCCCCCCCACUUCCACCUCCACCGCCUCUCCCGCGCUUCCCUUCUCAAUCCUCCAUCCUCCCUCACUCGCUGCCAAUCUCCCGUUCUUCGUCUCUGCGUUCUCUUUCGACCUUUCCACCCUAACCUUCCACCAACGGCCCUCCUCCCUGGCCAGCUUCCACGAACCUUCCUCACCCACCCCUUCCACCCGCCAUGCUGACUCAUCACCGGCGUUCUCCUCGCACGGGCCUCAGUCGCUCACGCUGCGCCAGCUGGCCGCUCUCCUCCAAUCCACGCAUGCCAUGCUGUUCCUCCAGCACGCUGCAACGUCAGCGUGCAAGCUGAUAGCAGGGAAGCUGUCUCACCUGUCGAGGUUGCACGCGUCCACCCUGCCAGCACCACCAGUGGCUCAUUCACUUGCUUACUGUCCCUCAUGCUCCCUCAUGCUCUUCCUCGUUUUCCCUGUCGAGUCAUCUGAAAUUUCUCGUUUCCCACGCCCCCUUCCCUCCUCCCCUUCCCCCCUGACUCUUUCCCCACUUUCUCUCGCAUCCUUCCCUCCCUUUCAGGAGCUGCAAGCCUCAUCUCACCGCCCUUUCCUCACGCUCCCUGCCGCCAUUCCCCCGCUCUCCUUAAUUCUGGCUUCCAAGAAGCAGCUAGCGCAGCAGAGACGAGCAGAUGCAGUGGCGGGGGGUGGCAGGGACGGCCGUGUGGGGGACUUUUGCGUUGACUCACAUACCCUCCUUUUUCACACCCCCUCCCAUCUCUUUCAGGAGCUGCAAGCCUCGCCUCAUCGCCCGUUCCUCACACUCCCUGCCGCCAUCCCACCGCUCUCUCUCCUUCUGGCGUCCAAGAAGCAACUAGCGCAGCAGAGGCUGGCAGAUGCAGUGGCGGGUGGUGGCAGGGACGGCCGCGUGGGGGGAGGCAGGAAUGAUAAUGGGGCCGGCAGGAGUGAGGGAGGGAGAGGAUGGGAGGGAGGGGGAGAGGGUGGGGGGGGCGCAUGGGAGGGGCAGGAUGACGACUGGUUGCCUGAUGAUGGAUUCACCCUGGGAGUGGCUUUCUUGCUCACGGUGGCCAAUCAGCGCCUUACCUUUGAGUCCAUGGACUGGUUCUCACUCGCCCUGCACCAUCUCUCCUUUCAACGCCAAGCCAUGCCCACCAACCCUCCCUCCACUCUCACUCCUGCUGCUGCUGCUGCUGUUGGCGGUGGUCGUGGUGCUUCUGCUGCUGGUGCUGUUGGUGCUGAGAAAGGCAAAUCAGGAGGUGGAGGAGCAGAUGUAGGGGAGGAGGAUGAUGAAGAGGAGGAAGGAGAGGGCACUGGAGGUAGUGGAAGAGGGGUGACUUCUCUCUGGUCCUCCUGGUUCGGAGCUGCGGUUGCAGCUGCCGAGCCUGCAGCUUCGCAGCCGGAGCUGUCUCCCGAGCUGACUCACCAGCUUCGGCAGAGGGAGCGAAUGCUGGCAGGCAUGGCAGAGCAGCUGAGCCUCAUGAACGUGGUAACCAUUGCUGCGCUCCGGCUGUUUGAAUCCAGCUCAGCUGCCACACAGUGA